AUGGCCCCUCGUGUGAUCGUUGUUGGCGGUGGCUUGUCCGGCCUCAGUGCUGCGCAUACUAUAUAUCUUGCCGGUGGCAACGUUGUGGUACUUGACAAGCAAGGUUUCUUCGGAGGCAACUCGACCAAGGCCACCUCUGGUAUCAACGCCGCCUUAACCCGCACUCAAGUCGACCUCAAGAUUGCCGACAGCGUCAAGCAGUUCUACGAUGACACCCUAAAGUCAGCACGCGACAAGGCGAGACCUGACCUGAUCAAAGUCCUCACAUACAAGUCUGCCGCCGCGGUCGAGUGGCUACAAGAUGUUUUCAACCUUGAUUUGACGCUGGUUUCGCGACUUGGUGGACACUCCCAGCCAAGGACACACCGAGGCCACGAUGCCAAGUUCCCCGGUAUGGCCAUCACGUACGCGCUCAUGCAACGCCUGGAAGAGCUGUCCGAGAACGAACCCGAACGAGUGCAGAUUAUCAAGAAGGCUCGCGUGACGAGUCUGAACAAGGAGGGCAACAAGGUCACCGGUGUCCAGUACGAGGCCGGUGGUGAGGUCAGCACCGUUGAGGGCCCGGUCAUCUUGGCUACGGGUGGUUAUGCUGCAGACUUUGGCGACAGCUCGCUGUUGAAGCAAUAUAGGCCCGACACUUUUGGGCUCGCCACAACCAACGGCACGCAUGCCACUGGUGAUGGUCAGAAGAUGGUCAUGGCCAUUGGGGGCAACGGGAUCGACAUGGACAAGGUCCAGGUCCACCCCACAGGUCUGGUUGACCCCAAGGACCCUGGAUCCAAGUGGAAGUUCUUGGCUGCUGAGGCCCUGCGUGGUGAGGGUGGUCUCUUGCUCAACGCAGACGGUGACAGAUUCUGCGACGAGCUGGGCCACCGAGAUUAUGUCUCUGGCAUGAUGUGGAAGGAGAAGGAGAGUAGCAAAUUCCCCGUUCGGCUGAUCUUGAAUUCCAAGGCAUCCAACACCUUGGACUUUCACACUCGCCACUACUCUGGUCGUGGGCUGAUGAAGAAGAUGACCGGCAAGGAACUCGCCAAGGAUAUUGGCUGCUCUCCCGACCAUCUUCAGAAGACCUUCACCACCUACAAUGCCAUCGCCGACGGCAAGGAGAAGGACCCGUGGGGCAAGAAGUUCUUCCACAACGGACCUUUGGACAUCAAUGACGACUUCCACAUCUCUGUGAUGGAGCCGGUUCUUCACUUCACCAUGGGUGGAAUCGAGAUCAACGACAAAGCCCAGGUUCUCAACCAAUCACAGCAACCCUUCGAGGGUUUAUACGCUUGCGGUGAGCUGGCUGGUGGUGUUCACGGUGCCAACAGAUUAGGAGGAUCCUCUCUGUUAGGCUGUGUCGUCUACGGCCGCGUCGCUGGUGACACUGCAAGCAACUACCUUUUCCAACAAGCACUAUCCGGCUCUGUUGCAGGCGCUGCUCAACGUCUUGGCCAAAUAUCUCUGCACAUUGACCCAUCUCAACCUGGCAAGAUCUCUGUUGAAUGGGCAAACGGUGCUUCAGGGGAUGCCUCCGGCUCUUCAGACUCGUUGCCCUCGAAUGGCGUAAGGACAAGUGCGACUGGGCCAACACCAAAUGCUGAUGGUGGCAAGUCUGGCCAAGCAGCCUCGAAACCGCAAAGUGCCAAGAAGUUCGAGGUGCCAGAGAAAGAGUUCACCAUGGAGGAGGUAGCCAAGCACAACAAGAAGGAGGACUUGUGGGUUGUCGUCAAGGGCUGCGUAAUGGAUCUAACGAACUGGCUGGAUGAACACCCUGGCGGUCCUCAGGCGAUCAUGAACUUCAUGGGCCGAGACGCCACGGAGGAGUUCGAGAUGCUGCACGACGAUGAAGUCAUCCCCAAGUAUGCGCCCCAGCAGGUCAUAGGGCGGGUGAAGGGUCAGGAGAUCACGCUUGAGAUCUAA